AUGCCUGAGAUGGGCUCAUGUAAAGAGCCGAAGUAUCAGGCGUGGCUAAAGCGGUUAAUUCCGAAGUGUUUACGCCACAAUCAGGAGGAUGGAGUGCCGCGGGAUGCCCAGCUUAUAUGUGCGGUUAAUGUACCUAAACUGUGCAGUAAAUGUGUCCAAGGCUGGUCCAACUCUAUUAUGACCAGCAAAUAUACUAUUCUUACGUUUCUGCCGAAGAACUUGUGGUACCAGUUCCACGUCUUCUCCAACGUCUAUUUCCUGUGCAUGGCAAUGUUGCAGCUAGUCCCGGCGAUCUCUGAUUCCAACGGCAAGCCGACUAUGCUCACACCUCUAGCAUUGGUGUUGGGUGUAACGGCUUUGAAGGAUGCUAUUGAGGACUAUCGGAGGCAUAGGUCCGAUGCUGUUGAGAAUUCGAGAGUGACGGUAAGGUUGAAUGCUGCUACUGGAGAGUUGGAGAAAGUGCCGUGGUCAAGUUUGGUGGUUGGUAAUGUGAUCAGGCUCCGGAAGGGUGAUGGAGCUCCUGCUGAUAUAGUCUUGCUAUCAAGCUCUGAUGGUACUGGCACUGUGUAUGUCGAAACCAAGGACCUCGAUGGUGAGACUAACCUCAAGGCUAAGGUCUGUCUUGAGGAAACGCAGUUGUUGGAUGUUCGGAAGAUGAAUGCAGCGUCAUCAGACCGCGUUGACGAUCAUCUCUGUGUUCGUAUCACCUACGAACAGCCGACUGCGUCGCUCUAUUCUUUCACUGGGUCGAUCGUCCUCAAUAAUGCGGCACCCUUGGCACUUUCGGCAGACCAACUGGUUCUUCGUGGGUCGAGUAUUAGGACGACGAAGUAUGCCUGGGGGGUUGUAGUAUACACCGGUCACAACACUAGGUUGAUGGUGAACUCUGCGGCCUCCGCCUCAGGAAGGUAUAAAAUGUCGAAGCUGAUGAAGAUGUAUAAUACGCAUAUUUUGCAGCUGUUCGCACUGCAAAUGUUCUUCUGUGUGAUAUCAGCGGUCUCCUAUGCUCUAUGGAGUAAUCUCUGGCAGGAUAACUGGUAUUUGGAACGCCCAGAAGAAACUAUUGGGUCGAAGAUUCGUGAGGUGAUUGAAGUCUUUGGUCGGCUCGUACUUCAAUUUACUCUCUUCGUCCCCAUAUCUCUGCUGACCACUCUGGAGAUCGUUAAGAUCGUGCAGGGUUAUAUCAUUUCUCGAGAUAGACAGAUGGUUUAUGGCGAUGUGAAGGCGUCAACCAACUCUGCUGGAACGGCUGACGAUCUGGGUUGCGUCACCCAUGUGUUUUCGGACAAGACCGGCACGCUUACUGAGAACUGCAUGCUCAUCAAUACGAUCGGCAUCAUGGGUGACUUGAAUCGUCAGUAUGGUCCGAAUCCCUAUCCUUUGCGACCUUCUGAUACACACGUUAGCCACAGCUUCCCCUCAAGGGGCAUCAAGGCUGUGUCGGCUGGUAAAGAUGAGGCUAAUCUGAGGCGGUCUCUACUCGUUCUGGGGCUCUGUCAUUCUGUACUUCGGCAGCAACGGGACGAUUCCGAAUCGGAGGCUGAUACCCGUCAGAGCUUUGUGGGAGCGGGUAAGCUUGAUACUGUGUCCUUGACUGACACUACUGGUGGCUCUUCCUCGAGUUGCUGUGGAGGGGCGAUAGAUGAUCCCAAGCCUGGUGAUGAUAGCGAGGAUCUUUAUGAUGCAUCGUCUCCGGAUGAGAUGGCGCUGGUGGCAGCAGCACGCGAACUCGGCUUCGAGUUUUGGGGGAGACCAAGUGCCCAUAAAGUUGUCAUGAAGGUUACGGACGAUUGGGCUAAGAACCUCAUUGGUCGUGACGGUGGUGCUACUGUUGACACUGACUUUAUUACUUAUGAUGUUCUGGAGGUCCUCGAGUUCGACAAUGUACGCAAGCGCAUGAGUGUCAUGGUGCGCAGUCCUACUACUGGCAAGGUCAUGCUCCUCGUGAAGGGAGCUGACUCUACUAUGUUGGAGGUUGCUACUCCUGAGACUGAUUCUAAUGGUUUAACUGCUUAUCUUUUGGGCCUUGCUACUCAGGGUCUUCGGACUCUGGUUUUGGGCAUUCGCGACUUGACUGAUUUCCCCCUUGAUAGUUGGCGCGAACGCUACGGUAAGGCGCGUGCAACGGGAGAUGCGGAUGCUCUCGAGGAGCUGAUCGCCGAUGCUGAGAUGGGCAUCACUAUUGUUGGUGCUACUGGUAUUGAAGAUAAACUACAGGAUCAUGUUCCUGAGACUAUUUCCGAUAUCCGUGCUGCUGGUGUGAACAUGUGGAUCCUCACUGGUGACAAGGUGGAGACCGCCAUCAACAUUGGACGGUCAAGCAAUCUGAUAGCGCACGAUGGGGAGAACUUUGUGAUCCAGGACCCCGACAUGGACGAGAAGGACAUUCUGGAGAAGCUUCAGGACAUCUCUGAUAGAGGAGCACCCCCUCGGACGGUGUCACUGACUAUUUUGGGCGAUUGUCUCACGACGAUCCUCAAGGAUGAUGAUCUCCGUGAGCAGUUCUUCUCGGUUGGUUUGACCAAGUGUGGCACAGUUAUUGCUUGUCGAGUCUCUCCGGCCCAGAAGGCGGAUGUGGUGGCGUGGGCCCAGAAGUACCACAAGAGUGGUACGAUGCUUGCUAUUGGUGAUGGUGCCAACGAUGUGGGAAUGAUCGUCACUGCCGACGUUGGUGUCGGAGUUUCCGGUCGAGAGGGAGCUCAAGCGGUUAGAGCCGCAGAUUUUGCAAUACCGAGAUUCUGUCACUUGCAAAGGCUUCUUUUUGUCCAUGGUAGAGAGACUAUUAGAAAGAAUACUCUCUUUAUAUACUACACUGUGUUCAAGAAUGUCGCCUUUGGCAUCCUGGCAAUGCUGUUCGGACCUUUCUGCAUGUUCUCGGGCUCCAUUAUAUAUGAUCCUUUCUUCAAGGCGUGGUACAACACAUUCUUCACGCUGCUACCGGUCAUGGCAUAUGCUGUAUUUGAUAGGGAUUUGCCCUACAAUAUUAUGGCUAGGUGCUCAUUCCUGUACAAGUGGCCUCGGCCAUUGUUCUCGAAGCAAGUCCUGGCCAAUUGGUUCUGGCAUGCGUUUUAUGUUGGCGGUGCCUGUUUGAUAGUAUGUACGUGCUUCUCUAGUGUAUUCAUAAGGAAUCACACUGGUAUGGUUGUGACGACACUGCCCGAACUAUCGGUACUUAUAAUGGUGCUCCUCAUCCCUUUGAUGAAUCUCAUGAUCUAUCGUUGGAUCAACUCCUUCCACUGGUUCACGACACACUUUUUGUAUAAUAUCUGUACUGUUCUGUUCGUCGUGGCCUUGUUCAUUCUCUAUCGCUCCUUCCUUUGGGACAUCCUCUUUAGUCCCAUGGGAGUUGCUAUAUGCCUGAUGGGGUGGGCGACCGCUGUUUUACCACUGGUGUUCUAUCAUACAUAUAUGUCACUCUUCAAACCCGACAAUGCUAGGAUUGUUAAGGAGAGGCUUCACAUGGGCGUGCAUGAUCUGGUUAUCGGUAAGGGCGGUCCAGAGGUCGGUGGUGCAGCGGAAGUUCUGGUACCGAAUCUUACGGCGAUUGAGCACACGACAACGUUGGCUUCGAAUGAGGUUCCUCAAGAGGGUGUUCCUCGAGUCCUGCGGGAUCGUGUUAACUCUACUGGUUACGCCUUCAGUGAGUCUGAGAACCAAGACAGAAUUGGUUUGUACUCCCGAAGCAAAGUUCUGCAGCCGCUAUCGUCGAAACUCACUAUUCUGAGAGAGAAAUCUCCAUGGUAGAAGAAGAGAUGCGAAUGGCUUCGGUUCUUCACUUGAAGUUUAUAUCGGAUUUGCGGAGGAGCAAACUGUUCUUGUUGUCCAUUUUAGCAUACGAGAUUACACCUAAGUGUAUGAUCUUGUCCUUUUGCUCUGUUGUGCGUAAUCGAUUUAAUGCAGCGGUAGUAGUAUUUUUUCCGAUUGAUGACUGCAAGUGUAUGCCGGCCUCCUCGAAGAGUGACGUUAUUCAUAGUUCAAGUCGCAGCGUUUUGCUGACUGAAAAAUAGAAAUUUAGAGUUAGCCCAUUCAGUGUGGACGCCCUUGUAGUGGGUUCAGCACAGACACUGGAAGGCCAUUUUGAUUGUUGUUGUUGGGUCGUAAUGUUAUGCUUGUUGUACUACUCGUUGGUAAAGCCAGAUCCUCUCGCCACUGGUGCUCAGUAUCCUUGCCACAUUUGUAUCUCAUUUUCUCGUAUGCCACAUUGCUCUGUCGGUAUUGCUUGGUGUCGUCGUACGAGAUCAAACUGUUGAAUAGUUGGCUGAGUUGAUUGUGGCGACUAUAGCGGUGGU